AUGACGGAAUCGCAGCCUACGAAAUCACCCUCGCGGUCCUUCCGCUCUUUCAUUUGGGAUACCGACACCCAUCUCAAGAGCCAUGAAGAACGAGUCCUUCUCCGCAAACUGGACUGGUCCAUCCUCACCAUCGGGUGCCUGGGGUUCUUCAUGAAGUACCUAGACCAAGGUAACCUGGCAAACGCCUAUGUGUCGGGGAUGCAGGAGGACCUGAAAAUGUUCGGAAACGAGUACACCUACGCUCAGACAGCAUACACUUGCGCGUAUGCCAUCAUGCAAGUGCCGAGCACCCUAAUCGUGCAGAAGAUUCGCCCAAGUAUCUGGCUGGCUUGUAUGGAAGUUGCAUGGGGCGUCUUCACCUUUGCUCAGGCUGGCACUCAUAGCUCCAGCCAGCUGUAUGCGUUUCGGUUCUUCGUGGGCUUCUUUGAAAGCAGUUUCUUCCCCGUGUUGCUCUACGUGCUUGGGAGCUGGUAUACGAAGACGGAGCUUGCUAAGAGAGUGGCCAUUUUUCACAUGACUGCACCCCUUGGCUCUGCCUUUGGAGGAUAUCUUCAAGCAGCCGUGUACAAGAGUCUUGAUGAUGCCCAUGGUCUGUCUGGAUGGCGAUGGCUAUACAUCGUUUGUGGAUGUAUGACUGUGCCCGUCGGUCUAGCGACGUUCUUCUUCCUCCCCGAUACGCCAUACACCACGAAGUCGAGGUUCCUGACCGCCAAGGAAUGCGAGCUGGCUAUCGAGAGAGUCCAAAAGGCUGGCAAGGCGGCACCUGCAGGAGUGACCUUUGCUACCUUCAAGCGUGUCUUAUCAAAGUGGAGGUGGUAUGCGUUUGUGCUGGGUUAUGUGCUGUAUGGCGAAUCCUGCCAAGCCAGCGGCUACUUCGGUAUCUGGCUCAAAUCGGAAAACUACUCGGUCGUUGACAGAAACGUGAUCCCUACCGGCUCGAGGCUGAUCAUGGCCUUUUGCGUCAUUCUAUGGGGCUUUUUGUCUGAUUACACUGGCAGCCGUUUUGCUUUGAUUUUGAUACCUUUGAUACUGGGCCUCAUACCCAACGGCAUCUUGGCUGUAUGGCCUGCUAGUGUGCCCCUGAAAGAGGCCGCAUUCCUCACGAGCAGCAUACAUUUGAUGACAGCAGUGUUGUAA